CAAGCCCACCGCCCCUGUUUCUUCUCCAGCACACGUGAAUUCUCUUCCCCAAAUUUCUUUGGCUCUCUUGGUCCCCUCCCCUCCCGGCCUCUCCGCCCCCAUGCUCGAACCCUCCAAGGAGACAACCAGCGAGGCGGCCAGGUCCCAAAUCUGUCACAGUUCCUCUCCCGUCGGCUGUCUGCUGCUCUUCUUCGAGGCUCCAGAGGAGCCUGACUUUGAAUUAACAAAGCCAUCAACCGGCCAGGAGUAUAAGAGCAGACCACGAACAAAGCAACGGCUAAAGGAUACGGAUUGUUAAUUUCUCUAAAUAGAAAGCAAGAGUUGAUGCUUCUGUAGAAAAUAAUUUGGGGGCCAGCCCUCACUUGGUGGAUGAACAAGAACCAGUAGUAGAAGAAGAAAUUGCAACAUCAACACCGCCUGAGGUUCAGAGAGAGGGAGGGAACGAUGAUGCUUCUGUUCUGAUAGUAGAAAGGGAUCCGGGUUUGCGAUGCCAAAUUUGAGAUUAUCCUCCUAAUAAUGCUCAAGAACAAGCUCGUAAUGCAUAUAUGAAGCAUGGAGCAUAUUAGAUUGAAAUGGAUGAGUACCCUCUUGAUGAUUCAGUAGUCCAUCAACGCAAGUUUCAGUAUCAUUGGUUUAAAUCCUUCCCUUGGUUGGAAUAUUCACCAUUGAAAGAUGCAGUCUAUUGUUUUCCAUGCUUUUUGUUUUAUAAGAAGCCACUUGGAAAAAAAGGGUCUAAUGUGUUUACAGUGCAAGGAUUCAGAAAAUGGAAGCGAGUUAAUGAUGGAAACAAAUGCGCAUUCUUGACUCACAUGGGAAAGGAUAGUAAAUCCGCUCAUAGUUUUGCUGUCAAAUGUUAUGAUAAUUUGAAGAAUAAGAAAUGCCGUAUGAAACAAUUAGUGGUGAAGCAAACAUAAGAGGACAUCAAGAAGAAUACGCUUCGUCUUAGAGUAACAAUCGAUGCACUACGGUGGUUAGCAUUCCAAGCUUGCCCCUUCCGUGGACAUGAUGAAAGUCUUGAUUCAAGGAACCAAGGUAAUUUUCUUGAAAUGGUCAAAUUGGUAGCUUCUUAUGAUGAGGAAAUUGGUGCGGUUGUAUUGGGUAAUGCUCCAGGGAAUGCUAAGUAUACCUCACCUACAAUUCAGAAAGAACUUCUGCAUAUGAUUGCUUUUAAUGUGCAAAAAGAAAUUCGUAAAGAAAUUGGGGAUGCAAAGUUCUGCUUGCUUGUAGACGAGUCAAGAGAUGAAUCCAAAAGAGAGCAAAUGGCAGUGGUUAUUCGUUUUGUGGACAAACCUGGUUUCACUUGUGAACGUUUUCUUGAUAUUGUUCAUGUCUCCGAUACAUCUUCAACUACUCUAAAAGAGAAGUUAACUUCUGUGUUGGCUCAACAUGGAUUAGUUGUGAACAAUAUUCGUGGACAGGGGUAUGAUGGUGCUAGUAACAUGCGUGGAGAGUGGAAUGGUCUACAAGCCAAGUUCAUGGAAGAGUGUCCUUACGCAUAUUACAUUCACUGUUUUGCUCAUCAAUUGCAGCUUGCUCUUGUUGCUGCAUCUAAAGAAGUAGCCGAUGUUCACAACUUUUUUGAUCAUCUUGCUCUUGUUGUCAACACGGUUGUGUCUUCGAGCAAGAGAAAUGAUGAGCUGCAAGUUAAUCAAGUGGCUGAAAUGGAGCAUCUAAUUGAGCUUAGUGAGCAUGAAACCGAAAGUGGGGCUAAUCAAGUAGGAACUUCACAGCGGCCUUGUGACACUAGGUGGAGUUCUCACUAUGCUUCUAUCCGCAGCCUUUUGAAACUAUACAAACCUACAUUCUUGGUACUUAAAAGCAUUGCUACUGCCAAAGGUUCAGGUACCUCACCUUCAGCACGAGCAAAGGCUUCUGGUGCUAACUUAUGGGAAUCACAGACUUGCUAUGCAAAAAGUUGCAACAAAAAUCUCAAGAUAUUGUGA